AUGGGUGUUCAGGACACGUCAUCGCGGGCCGACCUCGCGAUCGAGUCCCAGGCGGCGCCAGCGCCAGCGCCGGUGCGGGAGAAGAAGCGCCGCCGUCGGACGCGUCCGCAUGAAGUGAACAUCCUCAUGUCUGCAUAUGUACAGAAUGCCUUUCCGAACGAAAAGACACGGGAGAGGCUUGCAGAGAUGGUGGGAAUGACACCUCGCGCUGUAUCGGUCUGGUUCCAAAACCGACGCCAAGCGGAAAAGAAGCGCUCAAUGCGAUACAAUGGCACAGGGAUCGGUGUGACCGCGCACAACAUCCCGCGCGGCAUGAUGCACAGCGUAGAAUUGGUGGUGCCGCCACCUGUGCUUACGCUGCCCCCUCGUGACGCGAUGCGGCGGGUCGUGAGCACGCCGUGUGUAUCUCUGAUGACCACGUCGGGCGGUCGAGCCGCGUUGGGGGAAACGAUCCUCUCGCCUGAGAGCAGUUCGCCCACAGAUGCCCCGGCCCUGCCAUGCGCCUUGGCAAGCACCAACGAUGGCCAUGGCAUCAUCGCAGGCGGUGCCUACGAUGACGACUGUGCGAUUUGGAAGCGCAUGGAAAGCUCCAGUGCGAUUGGGAGUAGCAGCGAUUGGGACGAGCCAACGGCGUCUGCUAGUAUGGAUGAAGACGACGAGGAACGUACGCUGCGGCGUCUUGCCCAGCGCCGUAUGGAGCGCCUUCGUGAGCGAAAGCGUGCCCUGAGCUUAAACGAUGCGAAGCGGCAUGCUACCGACGCGCGCUUUGCGAUCCAGGAACGCAUGGCACCCCGCAGGACUUCGAGUCUUCAGCGCAAGCCAUCGCUGCGUCUUGAAAUGGCGACGGAUCGCAAUGUGUUUGUCGACAAGGAAAAUGUGCCGAUCGCUCCACCGGCUGUCCCUUCUGCGCCUGCGAUGAAGCAGGCGCCUGUGCGCAGCCUGCGCCGCGUGGAUAGUCAGCCUGUGCGCCCUCUGCAGGAACGCUCGAUGAAUAUGCCAUACGGCAUGGCGCCGCCCUCGAAGUACACGCGUGUCGCGAGUCUUCGUCGCACCGUGUCUGCCACGGCCACGCACCGGCCCAGCCAGCCGACCCCGAAUUGGACACGCACUUCCAGCGCGCGCAGCGACACGGAGCCUGUCGGCGGCGCGAAAGAGGACGUGCAGGACGAUAGCGGCUUUUUUGAGGACGGAGAUCGAUCGCAGUCCACGUCCCCGACCAGUGUGCCACGCGCGCAAAAUAUACUUCCAGCGUUCACGCAGCAUGACCGUGAGGCGGUAGAGCUCCUUCUGGGUCUCCGCUCACUUUCAUAG